ACUGGCCUGACUGGGACACCCCCGCUGGCUGGCAGCCAGGACUUGCUGCUGCCAGAGGCGUCAAUCCCUGGGGAAGGGGCUCAUGCUGAAGGAAGCAACGUGGAAAUAUUAAUUGAAGCUGUCGCUGACAACGUGACGCUGAGAAACACAGCCAGUGGCACAGAGGUGCUGGUCAAAGUGGUGGAGCUGUAUUUCUGCGAGAGGUGUGGCCACAGCUUCCCAGAGGCCUCCCUGCUGUCCCAGCACCGGUGUCUCUUGCUGCCCGCCACAAGGCACUUAAAGCUCCCUGUGGUGCUGUCAGCACCCAGCAGCAAGGGCCAGAGCGAGCCGGGGGGCUCAGAGCUGCCCAGAGCCAGCACACGGGAGGGUUCCACUCCUGAGUGCCUGCUGUGCCCCAUCUGCCAGGAAGCAUUCGUGCAGCCCAGUGACCUCAAGGAGCACUUCAAGACCCACCGCGCCCCCCCGGGAGCUCUGCCCUGCCCUGAGAAGGGCUGCUGCUUCACUGCUGAGGACCGCAAGCAACUGCGCGCUCACCUGCGCCGCCUUCACGGGGCCUCCCCUGUGUCCUGUGCCUACCGUGCCUGCCCUCUGCUCUUCCCCAGCCGCCUGGCCAUGGAGCAGCACCACCGCACCCACUUCCCCUUCCACUGUGGCCGCUGCGACUUCAUCACGGCCAACGCCAAGCUCUUCUGGCAGCACAGAAAGGGCCACGCCACGGAGCCCCCCACCGAGAUGCUUGCAACAGGUAUCCUCCCAGCUUGGCCCUUGAGCAGCCCUUGCUGUUGGGUACGGCUGGCAGCAGCAGAAGGGCAGGAGGAGGGAGCAAGGAAUUGCCACCCUGGGUGGGAAGCCACUGCGGUAGGAGCCAGGCUGGCAAAGCCCAUGAGCACUGGAGAGGGCUCCUUGGAGGGGCGGAAGGCAUCAGCUGGAGAAGAGGACUUGGACAGUGGCGGGGAUGACUCACCGGAGGAGGAUGGCAAAAGCCCCUGCAAACGCAAGGCCACAGAAGACAGGAAGGUGGCUCCCAUGAAAGCUAAGGUGCUGCGGGCACAGCACUUCAAAGGGAACAUCACUGAGGGCUCUGAAUACCUCUACAAAACCCACAUGUGCCCUGAAUGCAAGCGGUGCUUCAAGAAGCGGACGCACCUGGUGGAGCACCUCCACCUCCACUUCCCUGACCCCAGCCUGCAGUGCCCCAACUGCCACAAGUACUUCACCAGCAAAAGCAAGCUGAAAAUCCACAUGAUGCGGGAGACAGGCGAGAAGGCCCACCACUGCCCACUCUGCCACUACAGCUCGGUGGAGAAGAACGCCGUCAACCGCCACAUGGCCAGUAUGCACGAGGACAUCUCCAACUUGUACUCGGAUGUUUACUCCUGCCCUGUCUGCAAGGAGAAGUUUCAGCUCAGCCAGGCCCUCAAAGAACACUUGAAGACUCACAAAACUGAGCCCAAGAGGCUGAGCUGCUUCCAGGGAGGCUGCGAUUACUGCGUGGAGGACCGUAAGGAGUUUGUCCGUCACCUCAAGGAUGCUCACGGCAUCAAGGCGGUGGAGUGCAAGUACCAUGCCUGCUCGCUGCUCUUUGGCACGGCAGAAGCCAUGGAGGCUCACCGCAAAACCCACUAUGCCUUCCACUGCCAGCAGUGCGACUUCGUCUGCUCCAACAAGCACAUUUUCCGCAAGCACAAGAAGCAGGGGCACCCGGGCAACGAGAAGCUCCAGUGCAGCUUCUGCCCCUACACCACCUUCAACCCUGUGGAGUUUCAUGACCAUGUGGGCAAGAUGCACGCCAAUGAGAAGAUCCACAAGUGCACUGAGUGCCCCUUUGCCACUGCGCACAAGAGAGUGCUCAUCCGGCACAUGCUGCUGCACACUGGAGAGAAACCUCACAAGUGCGAGCUUUGCAACUUUACGUGCCGGGAUGUGAGCUACCUGUCCAAGCACAUGCUGACCCACUCCGACGACAAGAACUUCAUGUGCACCGAGUGCGGGUACAUCACCAAGUGGAAGCAGUACCUGAACGUCCACAUGCGCAAGCACACUGGAGAUCUCCGUUACCAGUGCAACCAGUGCUCGUACCGGUGCCACCGUGCUGACCAGCUGAGCAGCCACAAGCUGCGGCACCAGGGCAAAAGUCUGAUCUGCGAGGUGUGUGGCUUCGCUUGCAAGCGCAAGUACGACCUGCAGAAGCACAUGCAGGCAAAGCACUCGCAGAACUACCAGGUGCCCAUCUUCCAGUGCCAGUACUGCACCUACCAGACAAAGUACAAGCAGGCGCUGCUGAACCAUGAGAACUGCAAGCACACCAAGCAGAAGGAGUUUCGCUGCGCCCUCUGCUCCUACUGCACCUUCAGCAACACCAGCCUCUUCUUCCACAAGCGCAAGAUCCACGGCUAUGUCCCUGGUGACAAGGACUGGCUGGAAAACUACGCCAACAAGGAGCUGGAAAUCAGCUCCUCUGAGGUGCUCUUUGGGUACGAGCUCGGCGCAGCCCUGCGUACAGACGCCAGUUCCCCACUCACCGGCAAGGAGCAGUGGACAAAGGUGAAGCCAUCCCAGCCAGAGUCUCAGGGGGAAGAGGGCUGCCGGCAAGCGUUCAUGGAGCCCCUCCUUGGGCAGGAUGCCGCUCCACUGCAGAGCAGUGGUGAAGCAGAGAGAGGUGUGGGUGAGCGGGAGCAGCACUGUGCUGCUGCUGCUGAUGCUCUGGAAGAUGACUGCAUGCAAGGAGACGCUGCCACAGACUCAACUGAGCUUGCUGCUUCUGGGGACGUGGCGGAGAGCUGCACGCUGCACUUGGAGCCACUGAAUGUCUCGUCUGAUCCCCUCCUGGAGCAUUUGACUGGAGAAUCCUGCACAGCACAGCUGGAGAGCGUGGAAAUGCUGUCCUGCAAGGAGCUUCCUGCAGCUUAUGAGAUGCUGGGCUCCCGGGAUGACCUUGGCUUGGAGGGCAAUGACAAUACACUUGAAGACAUCGCAGACUUUGAGGAAGAGGAGGCAGAUGUACAGAAGGAUGAAGAGGUGAGGCUGGAGGACAGGGAAGCAGCGAGAGACAGCCAAGGAAAAGACUCCCACAGACAGGCCACAGGCCACUUUGAGGGGUCAUGCUUGGACCACCAAAAGCUGGAGUCAGACACUGAGAUGAGAGAGACCAGCCGAGCCAAGCUGCCAGAGGCCUGGCUCAGCGUGCUGAAGACGGCUGAGCAGAGCCACCUGCCUGUCCCAGAGGACACAGCCACCUCUGGUGGUGAUGCCAGGGGCGGCUCGGAGUCAGUGCUAAAGGCACUGCGGAAACAGGACAAGGAGCAGGCAGAGACGCUGGUGCUGGAGGGCAGGGUGCAGAUGCUGGUGGUGCAGUCAGAGAGCCAGAUCUUUAAGUGUGAGAAGUGCUCAUACAUCACACGGAAGGAGAAGUCCCUGUCCCUGCACUCUAAGGCCAGCUGCCAGAGCCGCCGGGCCCCACUCGUAUGCCAUGAGUGUGGUGCCAGCUUUAAACAGCAAAGGGGGCUCAACACCCACCUCCUCAAGAAGUGCCCAGUCCUUCUGAAGAAGAACAGGAUCUUCAAACCAGCUGGUCAGGAGCCACCUGGGUUGUGCCGACCUGCUGACCAGCCUGGUGACAAUGGUACAGAAAUGGAGGGCAAGAGGGAAGGCUCAGAGAAGUCCAGGCAGGCCGAGAGCUCGUGGGAAGCUGAACUGAUGUCUGGUAAAAUGCAAGCAGUAGACAGGUCUUUUGCUGGGGAAGAGACUUCAGGCUGUCCUGCCCCUGAAAAAUCCCUGCCAGGUGACAGCACAGAGCUGGUGGAAGAGCCUCUCCAGCAAGGGGGUGAAGCUCACCCAGGUGGAGCUGCUUGUCCUUCCCAGCCUGGGAAAGCCUUGGAGAAAUACCGGCUGGAGGGAGGGAAGCUGCACUGCAAUGCCUGCUCCUUCAUGUGCUCCCGCGUCUCCACCAUCACCUCCCAUGUGGAGGACGGGUGCCGGAGCUUGGAGCCGUUCUGGUGCUCCCUGUGCCCUGAGGUCUUCCGCUCUCAGCGGGCCCUCAAGAAUCAUCAUGUCGAGAACCACAUGGUGCAUCCUGAGGAGGAUGGACCCCAGAGCACCAAGAUCCCCAAAGGAGACCUGGCCAGCGUUGAGACAGGCCAGCUCAGUGAGCCUCCUCUGAAUGCAGCCUCCCCACAAUCCGCCCUGCCCAAAAGAAGGCGUUUCUCCUGCCCCACUUGCCCCUUCACCUGCCACCAGGAACGGGCCAUGAAGACGCACAAGAAGAGGGGCUGCGUGGCGCUCGGCGAGUUUCGCUGCACCUCCUGCCCCUUCACCUCCAAGGCGGCCAAAGCCCUGCGGCUGCACCACAGGCUGCACCGCAAGCACUACAGCAAGCGGCCGCAGCUGCAGGGCCGCCAGUGCGAGUUCACCUGCAAGCAGGCCCGCUGUCUGCGGCAACACAUCCGCAUCAAGCACGAGGGGGUGAAGCCACACAAGUGCCGCUACUGUGACUUCAGCACCACGCGGCGCUACCGCCUGGAGGCCCACCAGUCCCUGCACACCGGCGUGGGGCGCAUCCCCUGCGGCAUCUGCAGCCAGACCUUCGGCACCAACUCCAAGCUGCGCAUCCACCGCCUGCGAGUGCACGAGAAGACACCCACCCACUUCUGCCCGCUCUGCGACUACAGCAGCUACCUGCAGAACGAUAUCACCCGCCACGUCAACAGCUGCCACCGCGGCGAGCUCAACUUCGGCUGCUCGCGCUGUGAGGCUCGUUUCAGCUCCGAGACGGCCCUCAAGCAGCACGUCCUGCGGCGGCACGAGGAGAAGGUGUCCUACGGCUGCCCCGUGCGGAAGCAGCACCCGCACCUGGAGUGCGGCACCUGCAAGGAGACCUUCGCCACCCGGGAGGCUCUGGAGGAGCACAAGACGCGGCAUUUCAGCCACCGCUGCGAGCUGUGCAGCUUUGCGGCCAAGGAGCGGCAGCAGCUGGUGCGGCAUUACGUGGAGACCCACGAGCCGGCCGCCCCCCAGGACAAAACCCUGCGGUGCCCCUUCUGCGACUUUGCCUGCUGCCACCAGCUCGUCUUCGACCAACACGUGAAGGGCCACGGGGGCACCCGCGUGUACAAGUGCUCGGACUGCGAGUACACCACGAAGAACAGGCAGAAGAUCACGUGGCACAUCCGCAUCCACACUGGCGAGAAGCCUUACAAGUGUCACCUCUGUAAAUACGCCUGCGCCGACCCCUCGCGUCUCAAGUACCACAUGCGGAUCCACAAGGAGGAGCGAAAAUACCUCUGCCCAGACUGUGGCUACAAGUGCAAGUGGGUGAACCAGCUCAAGUACCACAUGACAAAGCAUACAGGCCUGAAGCCGUACUGCUGCGAUGAGUGCGAGUACCGCACCAACCGGGCAGACGCCCUGCGGGUGCACAAGGAGACGCGGCAUCGGGAGGCCCGCUCCUUCAUCUGCGAGCAGUGUGGCAAAGCCUUCAAGACCCGCUUCCUCCUCAAGACCCACCUGAAGAAGCACAGCGAGGAGAAGCCCUACGUCUGCAACGCCUGUGGGCGGGCUUUCCGCUGGGCGGCCGGCCUGCGCCACCAUUACCUGACCCACACCAACGAGCACCCUUUCUUCUGCCGCUACUGCCCCUACAAGGCCAAGCAGAAGUUCCAGGUCAUCAAACACAUCCAGCGGCAUCACCCCGAGCGGGGGACCAGCGACCCCAGCCAGGGGGUGGGCAAGGACCCCAGCACGCCCACUGUCCACCUUCACGCCGUGCAGAGGGACAGCCACGGCGAGGGUGUCCCCAGGACGGAGCAGGAAGGAGGGUGCCCCACAGAGAACAAUGGCACUUCACAGUGA